CUUACGCAUCAGUGGGAUUUCAGUUGCCUUACAUUAAAUUAGAAGCGAUUGUGAUUUAGUCUCUAUAACAAUAAGAAGAAGAAACAGCUAGAAUAAUGGAGGACUGGAUUGGAGCUGUUGCUAUUGUAACUGGCGCAAGUUCUGGAAUUGGUGAAGCAAUUGCCAUUGAAUUGGUUAAAAAAGGACUGAAGGUUGUAGGUUUGGCUAGACGAAUAGAUCGCUUAAAUAAUCUCAAGGAACAUUUAGAGAAUGAAUUGGGAGAAUUUUAUCCGAUUAAAUGUGAUAUGACUAAAGAAGAAGAAAUUUUAGCCGCAUUUGAGUGGAUUAAAAACACUUUAGGCAGCAUCGCUUUGCUUGUAAACAAUGCGGGAUAUGGAAAAUAUACAACACUUUCAGAAGGAACAACUUCAGAUUGGAAAAGUAUAUUCGAUGUUAAUGUAAUGGGAUUAUGUAUUGCAACACGUGAAGCCAUCAAAAAUAUGACAGAAAAUAACACAGCCGGGCUUAUAGUGCAUAUGAAUAGUAUAUUUGGUCAUCUUGUUCCAACUACAUGUGCUGAAACUGAAAAUGUUUACAUUGCUUCAAAAUAUUGUGUUACAGCUUUAGCUGAAACAUUACGUUUGGAAUUGGCUAAAUCAAAAGCACCUAUUCGUGUUUCCAGUAUCAGCCCAGGUAUUGUUGAUACUGGAUUGAUAGCAGCGGGUGGUUUUACUGAUGACCAUUUAACGGAACUUUACAAUCGAGUGCCACCAUUGAAGCCAGUUGAUAUUGCUAAUGCAGUAUUGUAUAUAUUGAGUACUCCACGAAAUGUCAAUGUUACUGAACUAACAAUACGUCCAGCUGGAGAGAUUCUUUAA